AUGGAAGGAAAUAAAACACUAUCCCAGAGUGGAAAAGAGGUGCUAAUUAAAGCAGUUGCACCUGCCAUCCCAACUUACACCAUGAGUUGCUUCAAACUCCCUGCAACUUUCUGUAAUGAGAUUGAGAAUAUGAUGGCCAAGUCCUGGUGGGGGCAAAAGCAGGAUGAAAAUAAAGUUAGAUGGGUCAGCUGGAGUAAAAUGUGUGAAGCUAAAGCAAAUGGAGGGAUGAGCUUUAAGGAGUUACAAAUUUUCAAUGAGGCUCUACUUGCAAAACAAGGUUGGAGGAUCAUGACGGAGGAAAUUUCUCUAUUGCAUAAAGUGUUUAAAGCUAAUUAUUUUCCCCAAACCAGAUUCUGUGAUGCAAAGCUAGGAUCUUCACCUUCAUAUGUUUGGAAAGGGAUAUGGGAACCUAAAAGGAACCUGCUGAGAGGGUGUAGGUGGAGAGUGGGUGAUGAAAAAGCUAUUAAUAUAUGGUCUGACUAUUGGCUCCCAUGUCAUAGGUUGCUCCAGGACUCAAAUCAGAGAGAUUAA